UCACAAAAGCAAAAUUUUAGGUUACGUGAUAGAAAUUCCUCUUAUUUUAUAGAUUUAAGAAAACCUAGGAUGUAAAAACAAUAAAAUACCCCAAAAAUGUCUUUAUUACGUCGUACACAGCGCUUGCUGAAUUUAUCCAGUAAAUAUGUAUCCAGAAAUUGUCGAUGUUUAUCAGACGGCACUCAACUAACUUCAAGACGUGAUAAAAUAAAACAGGGGCCUAGCCUAAAGGAAUUUAUAAUUGGAGACUCAGAGCCCGUCCUUCUAGAUAGGCCUCAUAUUCCAUAUUUACCAGAAAAUGUAACAUUUGGUUCAAACCGCAAAGUAUAUUUCGAUGUGUAUGGAUGUCAAAUGAACUUGAAUGAUACGGAGAUUGUUUGGUCUAUUUUAAAGAAAGAGGGUUUCGAGAAGACGGAAAUUGAGGAGGAAGCGGAUAUAUUCCUGGUAAUGACGUGUGCGAUCAGGGAAGGGGCUGAGAGUAAGAUAUGGCACCGUUUAGAUCACCUUAGAGGGUUCAAAAGACGUCGGGCGCAGAAGAACAAGGAUAGGCCAGUUAAAAUUGGUUUGCUGGGCUGUAUGGCAGAGCGGCUGAAGACCAAACUUAUUGAAAAAGAAAAAGCUGUUGAUGUUGUGGCUGGGCCUGAUAGCUACCGGGACUUGCCGCGGCUGCUAGCUUUAACAGAAAGUGGCCAAACUGCUGUCAAUGUGCUACUGUCCUUGGACGAGACAUAUGCGGAUGUGAUGCCAGUGAGACUCAACCAAGAUAGUGUCUCUGCCUUCAUCUCCAUAAUGCGUGGCUGCGACAACAUGUGUACAUACUGCAUAGUGCCGUUCACCCGCGGCCGCGAGCGCUCCCGACCGCUACGUUCCAUAGUGGACGAGGCACGGUUACUCGCAGACCGCGGUGUUAAGGAGAUCACGUUGCUAGGGCAGAAUGUGAACAGCUAUAGAGACACGAGGGAAAAUCCGGAGGAUAAGGAGAGGCUAGAUACGCAGUUAGCGAAAGGGUUCAAAACAGUAUAUAAGUCAAAGAAAGGCGGACUUCGCUUUGCGGACCUUUUGGAUGAAGUAUCAGCCGCCGUCCCAGAUAUGCGUGUGAGGUUCACCGCGGCGCACCCCAAGGAUUUUCCUGACGAGGUGUUACAAGUGAUCAGCGAGCGGCCGAACAUCUGCAAGCUGCUGCACUUGCCGGCGCAGUCGGGCUCCACUACCGUGCUGGAGAGGAUGAGGCGCGGGUACUCCAGGGAAGCCUACUUGCAACUUGUCGACCACGUCAAAAAUACCAUCCCAGGAGUGGGUUUGUCCACCGACAUGAUCUGUGGGUUCUGUGGGGAGACCGACGAGGAAUUUGAAGAAACCAUGACGCUGAUGCAGGAGGUCGAUUAUAAUAUCGCCUUUCUGUUCCCUUACAGCAUGAGAGAGAAAACCGCCGCCCACCGCCGCUAUAAAGACGACGUGCCCGACUCCAUCAAAAAACUGCGUCACAACCGAAUGAUUCAACUGUACCGAACCAAGAGCCAAGCUCUCAACCAAUCAGAGAUCGGGAACACACAUCUCGUCCUAAUCGAGGGGACUGCACCUAAAACGGGACAGUUGUUGGGAAGAAAUGAGUUCUACAUGAAAGUUGUUUUUGAUCAAUGUGAGAUUGAGAGUCAAGAUGGUGGGAGAGUUAAUAUGAAACCGGGGGAUUUUGUGGCGGUGAGAAUAACGGGGGCGAAAUCGUCUGUGUUGACUGGGGUACCGAUGUAUCAUAGUAGUGUUAGGGAGUUUUAUAGAGAUGUGAGUUGGGGAGAAAGACAUAUGCUUAGAGUGUAAAAUAUAUACACGGUAGCUAAAAAAUAAGUGCAUUCCCGUUGCCAGGGAGGUUUUGGGAUCAUACUGAGCAACUUUUACUAUGGGACCAACCCCGAAAUCAUUUUGGCUGGUCCAUUUUCUAUGGGAGAGUAAUUUUUUUACUCGAUUUCGUUG